GCUUCGCUUCACGCUUGUAAGCUGUAAUCACUAAUCUGCAAUAGAUUGUUUAUCUAAAAUUAUUUAAUUUCUAAUUAUCUUUGAAUAAUAACAUUAAUGAUGGAGGUUAUACAAUUGGUCGGAAAAUAUUUAAAUGUGCCCGUGGGUCCUUUGUGUUAUAACACUGACAAGAUACUGACUACGGUAUUAGACAAGAAAAGUGUGGAAGGUUUUGCGACAAUUAUAUUACAUUUGACAUCUAAAAGUGGACAUAAUAUGAGCCAAGAAGAGUUACUUAUGAGCUAUCAGUGGCUGGAACACAUUGCUAUGUAUAGUAAUCUAGCGUCUUCUAAUCCUACUUUUGCUAAGAAUUUUCUUCAGGGUAUAAACAGAGCUCUAGAAAAGAUGUCCUAUUUAACUGGAAAUAAUCUGACAACAACUGACAUAGCUGUAUUUUAUGUUGUGCAGCCUCUUGUGGGAAACUUAACCAUAUUGGAGCAGGAAUCAUUGCUACACCUAAGUAGGUGGUGUAAACAUGUACAAGCGCAACCGCGUGUGUGUUCUAAUUGUGCCCCAAUCUCAUUAAAUACUUUGAAUCUACACAUUCUCGCACCUGCAGUACAUUAAGUACAAUGUGUAAUUUUUAUUGGUAUUUUAUGGUAAUGUAUUUUAAUUAUACUAGAUCUCGAAAUGAAAGACUUAAGAUGUGUUUUAUUUUAUGCUGCUGCAAUAAUAUUUUCGGUAUGUUUUUUCAUAUAUUUGAGUUUCACACACUAUGUAGGGUUUUUUUAUGUAAUACAACUCAGUCAAACAGCAGUGUAUGUACUUUUUAUCGAGUAACUUGUAUCCCUCCUUGGUAUAAAAUACCUCUGCCAAAACAAUUAUUGCCUCAUGAAUUGAAGAAUGCCAGCUUGAAUGAACCACUAGUGUACCAUCCUCAGCCAUUUUCUUACCCUGGAUAUCCAGUUAUAUUAUAUUUAUAAAAAAAAUACAAAACUAAUAAUAUAGUUUUGAUAUAUUUGCUGUACUUUUGGUUCUAAUAUAUUAAAGGCUCUUUAAUCUGUU